CAUACCUUCAAACUUAUGCAUAGAAGGGCCUACACAGUUGAGGCCAGGAGCCUCGCAAGAUAUCUUAUACACACCGGAUGCUCACAGGAGUUAAUUGGGAGAGUAAUUCAGAAAAUCGGGAUACUUGCAGGAGUUUCUGCAAGCUACAUCAUGAUCCGCCGCACAGUUUCACAAGCCCUAAUUGAAGGAGGGGUUGCAACAAGCAUUCAGCUUGGCUACAAAAUCUCUCAAGCUUAUGGUAAUGGUGAUGGGACAACUCACAAGAAUGUUAAUUAUGAGUCAUGCAUUAUCGAGCUCAAGACCCCU